CAGGCGCCGUGGGACUUUCGGCGGGGAGGUGGUGAGUGCGCGCGGUCGUGUGUCGCGGGAACGCGCGUGAAGAUGGCGUCUGAGGCAGAGCCCCGCCCCCUGGGUAUGUUUGAGUGCCAGCUCUGUGCCUUGACAGCUCCUUACAGCUACGUGGGGCAGAAGCCCCCAGACACCCAGGCUGUUGUCCUCCUGGAGGAAAGCUACAUCAUGAAGGAUCCCUUCUCCUCAGACAAGGCAAGGUUUCUGGUCCUCGGCUCGCGGUGCAGUGUGUGCGGCAGGCUGGUGUGUGUGGGCCCGGACUGCAGCCUGUUCUACUCCAAGAGGGUCUGCCUCCCCUGCGUUCAGGAGAAUAUCAGUGCCUUCCCUCAGGAAAUCCGGCAGGAUGUGGAGAAGAGAAAAGGUGCCUCCAAGAAGCCUUCCAGCCAUCCCUGACCAGCAUGCGCACGACCUCCUCCAGUGCAGCUGUGCAGCAUGGGGCUGGCUCGGCCAGGGUUCCGACUGGGAGCUGCAUAUCUGGCCUUCUCUGAACUGUGGAGUACCUGGAGCCCUGGGAACUGAGGAGGUGGCCAAGACCGAGGACAGACAGCGGGAGUGGAUCCAGCUGCAGCUCCAGGACUGGCCUCUAGUGAAGGCCAGGAGUGAGGGAAAGGGAGCCUCCUUCGGUGGA